AUGUUCGCUCGUGCUGCUCUCCGUACUUCGCCUGCUGUGGCUGCCCCCGUUUCGGUCCGUCUGUUUUCGCAGUCGGCUACUGCCAACCGCAAUGUUGCUGUGCUUGGUGCCUCGGGUGGUAUCGGCCAGCCCUGCACUGGUUACCCUCAAGAGGAUCUCGAAAAGGCUCUGGAGGGUGCUGAGGUGAUUCUCAUUCCUGCCGGCGUCCCUCGCAAGCCCGGCAUGACUCGUGACGAUCUCUUCAACACGAAUGCCUCGAUUGUGCGUGACCUGGCCAAGGCUGCUGCCAAGGUCGCACCCAAGGCGCACAUGCUGAUCAUCUCGAACCCAGUUAACUCGACUGUUCCUAUUGUGGCGGAGGUGUUCAAGAAGGCUGGCGUCUACGACCCCAAGCGCCUCUUUGGUGUUACCACUCUCGAUGUGACUCGUGCGUCGACCUUCCUGUCUGGCCUCGCUGGCUCGAACCCUGACGACACCAAGGUUCCUGUGAUCGGUGGCCACUCGGGUGUCACCAUUGUGCCCCUUCUUUCGCAGGCUCAGCAGGGCUCGUCCAUUUCUGCUGGUGAGCAGUAUGAGAAGCUUGUGCACCGCAUCCAGUUCGGCGGUGACGAGGUCGUCAAGGCCAAAGACGGUGCGGGCUCGGCCACUCUCUCGAUGGCCUACGCCGCCGCUGUGUUCGCCAACAGCCUCCUCAAGGCCCUCAAUGGUGAGAAGGGCGUCAAGGAGUGCGCUUUUGUCGAGAGCCCGCUCUUCGCUGACAAGGCUAAGUUCUUCGCCAGCCCGAUUGAGCUCGGCACUGAAGGUGUCGCCUCGAUCCCUGCUCUGCCUCAGCUGAGCGCCGAGGAGCAGAAGCUUGUGGACGCUUGCCUCCCUGACCUUGCCAAGAACAUCAGCAAGGGUGUCAACUGGGCCAACGAGAACCCUUAA